AUGUCCGAAGCUCCCUUGUUAUAUUGCCCUUGUUGGGAUCCUUGGAAAGCAAGGGGUAAAAGGCUUGUAAAAACUAAAGCAGGCUCACUGAAUCAGAAGUCUAAAAAAACAACAACAGGAGGGAUCCUUAAAGACCAGUCCAAAGUCCAGUUAAAUCCUUCAACUACUUCUAGGGUGAAAUUUUCCACCAAAAUCUAUGCGCAACCAUUAAGAAGCAGAGAACCUCAAGACAUAUCCAAAAUAAUUGAAGAAGAGAUCACGCCUGGUUUUACCUUGUCUCACAGUAAGGAACAUAUUGAUGUCACAUUGGGUGAAGAAUUCUUUGAGAAACCAAAGCCUACACAAGAACGCAUCAAAACUCCCGUGCCUGGCACUCCACCUAAGCUUGAAACGGAAGAUGUUGUUGCUGAUUUAGUGGAGCAGAUUUCUGAGCUGACAGCUAUUAUAGAGCAAUUGCGCCGAGAUCAUCAAGUGACACAUAACAGCAGUUUUGAAUCGCUGGAAAAAGAUAUGGAAGAAAAAUGCAAUGAGAUGCAAGAGGAACAUGAUAAUAAAAUGAGAGACAUUCAAGGAUUUCACAUAACAGAAGUGAAUAAUCUGGAAGAGCAGUAUAAGAAAGAGUUGCGGAACGAGAGGGCGACUGCGCAAGAAAAAUUGGCUACAAUGCAGAAGGAAUACAAAUACCUGAAGAAUGCAUUUCGUAUGUACCAGGAUAGCAUUUCUGAUGAAAUGGAAGAAAAAUGGCUGAGAAGACAGGCGGAAUGGAAAAAAAGUGAGAGGACUGAACGAGAAAAGGCAUUAUUGCAACAAAAGCAAUCUUUAACAAAGAGAUUUGAGACAGAAUUAGAGGAGCAGAAGAAGAUUAUUCAGAAUGACAGUUUUUCGCUAGGCAGAAUUUAUGAAAAAGACAGAGAAGAAUUUCAGCAGCAGCAGCAAAUUGCCCAGGAAAAUAUAGACGCGUUAAAUGCCAAAAUCAAGACAUUGGAGAAUGAAAUAAAUGAGAAGAACGAAACUCUUCAUGCCAUUGCUUCAACCCUUCACAAAACAGAGUUGGAACUUCAGAAGGAGAAAAACAAAAUAGCAGAAAUGGAGAAAACUAUCUUACAAAAAACAUCAUCUGCUGAAGACAAAUAUCGAAUUAAUAUAGCUUCUUUGACAGAAGAAAACAACAUUUUGAGGCGUAAGCUUCUUGAGAAGAAUGAAGAGGUUUUUAAUGAACGGGCCCAAAAAAAUAAUAUAUAUGGACUGUUUGAUUAGAACUAUGCAUGAAGAAUUGGCUCAUGGGAGAUUGGGCGAAGCUAUUUCUUCAGAACAUCAGGCUGAACCUGGAACACCAGAAGUGUCAAAAGAUUCCUUGCGUAUAUGUAUCGUUAUGUUUUUCACUUUAUUCUUAUCAGCUGCUGUCUCAUAAUUUGGUGCUGUAUUUUCUUUCCCUCACUAGCUUGUAAAUAGAAUAAACGUUUCCUGGCCAGAUGGUGGACAUGUUAUAACAUACAUUCUAUAAAAAGGGCACUUCCUGGUCCUGUAGGUUUUAAACCAUCGUUAAAUGACUAGACAAAGUGAAACAUAAACUGGUAGUUUAGACUUUGGUAGUCUAAAUGUCUAUGGAGAUUCUCAGUCACCCAAGGACCCGGUUGUCCCAAAGGUGCUUUUUCAAGAGGCAACUGGACUUUCCGAUUUUUCUUUGAAGACGUUUCGCUUCUGCAGUUAUUAUUAUUUUUUAAUGAACUGGUAGGAUGUAGAACCACCUAUCUAGAACAGUUCUCAUAAAGGUUAUCACCUUUAAAGCCCUACAUGGCCUAGGACCUGGGUAUCUACGAGACCGUCUUCUG